ACUCGUCAGCACCUCUAGAAACCCGGUUUAAUAGAGAGUCAUUCGAUAGAACCUCUUCGUUAUAACCACUAGAACCGAUAUCCGAGCCAUUCCGACGCCAUGGCCACUCCUCGCAUAACGCUGUAUCUGGACGUCGUCAGUCCGUUCUCAUACAUUGCAUUUCAUGUGCUGAGAUAUUCUCCCGUUUUCGCCCAAUGCAAUAUCACCUAUGUUCCCAUUUUCCUGGGCGGAUUGAUGAGCGCCUGUGGCAACACGCCACCCAUCAAGAUCAAGAACAAGGACUUAUGGAUUAACAAAGAACGGCUUCGUUGGGCACGCUCAUUUUCUGUCCCCAUGUCGGAACACAUGCCUGAGGGCUUUCCGGUGUUUACCCUGGCGACGCAGCGGGCUCUCUGCGCAAUUUCUCAGAGGCGUCCUGCUCAGCUCGUCCCAGCUAUUGAGGCGCUCUAUCGCGCCUUCUGGGUCGACGGGGUCACUAAUAUUGGACAGCCGGAGGGAUUCGGUCCCGUGCUGGAGAAAGUGCUUGGGCAAGCCGAUGCACAGGAGAUUCUGCAAACUAUGAGCCAAGCGGAGAUUAAAUCGCUUUUGACGUCAAAAACCGAUGAAGCAUUCAAAUCGGGGGCAUUCGGUCUUCCCUGGUUCGAAUGCACCAAUGCUAAGGGUCAAACAGAGGGAUUCUGGGGCAUCGAUCACUUGGGACAGGUGGCCGAGUUUCUGGGCUUGAACCGUAAGGCGGACAGGGGCUUUAGAGCAUUGCUGUAAGGACGGCCGUGUCUCGAUUCAAUGUGUUUUAACUGAGUGGUUCUAUUGUCGAUCAACAACAAUACCAAAUACUGCACAACAUGAGCC